AUAGCGGCAGGGAUCAUGGAGUCAGGUGGUAUGUGGGUGGGUGGAUCACUGGUGAGGUUAUCGGUUGUUCCUGUAAUGGCGGAGCGCGGGGACUCCGAUGUGGAGAGGUACAAUAAUGACAUUAGGAUGGCGCAGCAGCAGCAGCAACAACAACAGGCUCUGCGGUUUCGUGGUCCUACACCUCUCCCAGCUGCUGUUUUACGAGGCCCACCUCCUCUCUUGCGUCCACCACCUCCUUUCGGUAUGAUGCGAGGACCUCCGCCACCACCACGGCCUCCAUUUGGACGUCCUCCUUUUGAUCCCAAUAUGCCACCAAUGCCACCGCCUAGUGGCAUUCCACCUCCAAUAGGUCCUCCUCAUCUUCAGAGACCUCCCUUUAUUCCUCCACAUAUUGGAAAUAUGCCGCCUCCAGGAAUGCUGUUUCCACCAGGGCUACCGCCGGUUUCUUCACCUGCUACAACUUCAAAUCCCAGUCCUAAUGCUUUGCCUACGCAGGCACCAACGCUGCCUCCAAAUGAGGAAAUCUGGGUGGAGAAUAAGACCCCAGAUGGCAAGGCUUAUUUUUACAAUGCACGAACCCGUGAAUCUGCAUGGACUAAACCUGAUGGAGUGAAGGUUAUCCAGCAGUCGGAGCUGACUCCAAUAAUGGCAGUCCAGGCCCAAGCUCAAGCCCAAGCUCAAGCCCAGGCCCAAGUCCAGGCCCAGGCCCAAGCUCAAGCCCAGGCCCAUGCAGUGCAAGCUCAGGCCCAAGCAGUUCAAGCUCAAGCCCAAGCUCAGGCUCAAGCCCAAGCUCAGGCAGUUCAGGCACAAGCUCAAGCGGCUCAGGCACAAGGUCAAGUGCAAUCCCAGCCUGCUCAUGUGCAGAAUGCUACUGCUCCAUCAACAACCAGUAGCUCUUCAUUAUUGGUAUCUACAUCAGCAACUUCAGCCAGUCAAUCGUCUACAACUAAUACUUCCACAUCUAGCUCUAACCCACAGGUGGUUCCUAGUUCGUCUGCUCCUGAGCAAUCCCAGACGGUUUCUGUGACCACCUCAUCCUCAGUCAGUUCCUCGGUCAGUAUGGCAGCAUCUCUGUCCACAGUCUCAUCAGUGCAAGCUCUGUCUCAAUCUCUUUCCCAAGCAUUGCCACCAACAAUUUCUCAUGCCUUGACGCAACCUACAGCAACAAUCCAAGCUUUCCCUCCAGUUAUGGUACCCCCAUUCCGCGUUCCUCUUCCAGGCAUGCCUAUACCACUGCCAGGUGUAGCAAUGAUGCAAAUAGUCAGCUGCCCGUAUGUAAAGACAGUCGCUACCACCAAAACCGGAUUUAACUCUGUCCCAAAGGUCUUCCUAACUAUGCAGCAACAGUCACCAGGGAAGCAGUACAUUGGUGUCUUGCCUGGAAUGGCUCCUUCAAUUGUCCCAAUGAUGCACCCUCAAGUAGCCCUUGCUGCUUCUCCGGCCACACUAGCAGGAGCGACAAUGUUGUCUGAAUGGUCCGAAUAUAAAACUGCUGAUGGCAAAAUGUACUAUUACAAUAAUCGCACUUUGGAGUCCACAUGGGAGAAGCCUCAGGAACUUAAAGAAAAAGAUAAAGAAGUUGAGAAAGUAAAGGAACCAGUUAAAGCUGAACCAGUUGUGGAAGAACCCCAGCCAAUGGAGGCCGAAGAAGAGGUGCCAAAGGAAGAACCUCCCAAGGAGAUUAAGGAGGAGCCAAAAGAAGAAGAAAUGACGGAGGAAGAAAAAGCUGCCCAAAAAGCCCGUCCAGUAGCUACCACACCAAUUCCUGGCACUCCAUGGUGUGUUGUGUGGACUGGUGAUGAACGGGUAUUUUUCUACAAUCCUACCACUCGCCUUUCUAUGUGGGACAGACCAGAAGACCUAAUUGGAAGAGCUGAUGUUGAUAAAAUUAUCCAGGAGCCUCCACAUAAGAGAGGAUUAGAGGACGACAAGAAAUAUUUCAAAGAAGAUCACGAAUCUGCAGAAGAUGCAAACGACGAUGAACCUGUUAAAGCAAAAAAGCGGAAAAAAGAGGAGACCGAAUCUGAAAAAGAAACCGCAAUGGACGCUGAAAUUAAAGCUGCUCGUGAACGAGCCAUUGUUCCCCUGGAUUCUCGAAUGAAGCAGUUUAGAGAUAUGUUGCUUGAGAGAGGGGUGUCGGCGUUUUCAACCUGGGAAAAGGAGCUCCACAAGAUUGUGUUUGAUCCUCGUUAUUUACUUCUGAACCCUAAAGAGAGGAAACUGGUGUUUGAUCAGUAUGUGAAAACCAGGGCGGAGGAGGAGCGGAGAGAGAAGAAAAACAAGAUUAUGCAGUCAAAGGAAGACUUCAAGAAAAUGAUGGAGGAAGGAAAGAUUAAUACCAGAAUGACCUUUAGUGAAUUUGCAGCCAAACAUGCCAAAGAUCUUCGUUUCAAAGCCAUUGAGAAAAUGAAAGAUCGUGAGACCUUAUUUGGUGAAUUUAUGAUAGCAGCAAGAAAGAGAGAGAAGGAAGACUCCAAAAACAAAGGAGAGAAAGUGAAAAAUGACUUCUAUGAACUGCUAGCAAGUCACCAUUUGGAUGCACAGUCUCGAUGGAGCAAAGUAAAAGACAAAUUUGAGGGGGAUCCUAGAUACAAAGCUAUAGACAGCUCCUCGACCCGAGAAGAUCUUUUCAAGCAGUACAUCGAGAAGGUGGUGAAAAAUUUGGAUACUGAGAAAGAAAAGGAGCUUGAAAGACAGGCUCGUAUUGAGGCCAGUUUACGGGAACGAGAGCGGGAGGUGCAGAAGGCCCGAUCUGAACAGACCAAGGAGAUUGAUAGAGAGCGAGAGCAGCACAAGCGGGAGGAAGCCAUCCAGAAUUUCAAAGCCCUUCUGUCUGAUAUGGUGCGAUCUUCAGACGUUUCAUGGUCAGACACCAGAAGGACGCUUCGAAAAGAUCACAGAUGGGAAUCUGGCUCACUACUAGAAAGGGAAGAAAAAGAAAAACUUUUCAAUGAACACAUUGACGCUCUUACAAAAAAGAAGCGUGAACAGUUCAGACAGCUCCUGGAUGAAACGUAUACAAUUACUUUAACUUCAACUUGGAAAGAAGUUAAGAAAAUUAUAAAAGAUGACCCUCGGUUUAUUAAGUUUUCUUCCAGUGAUCGGAAAAGGCAAAGAGAAUUUGAAGAAUAUAUCCGAGAUAAACACAUAACUGCCAAAGCUGACUUCCGAACACUUUUGAAGGAAACAAAGUUUAUUACAUACAGGUCAAAGAAAUCCGUUCAAGAAUCUGACCAGCAUCUAAAGGACGUUGAAAAGAUUCUACAAAAUGACAAACGCUAUCUAGUACUUGACUGCAUUCCCGACGAGAGACGUAAACUUAUUGUAUCCUAUGUAGACGAUCUUGAUAGACGUGGCCCACCGCCUCCACCAACUGCCUCAGAGCCUGCACGAAGAACCACAAAAUAACAGAACAUGCCACAUGUGGAUAUAUGUCAGUACAUACCAACUGUUCACAACAACUGCAUGAGCAAAAACACAAGGUUUAUCUUGGGUCAUUCUCCUAAAAAACAACUGCAGAAAAAAAGAAAAAGGCAAAUACAAAUAUCUUCAUGUCCACAAGGAGAAAAAAAGAAGAGCAGGAUUAUGCUGGAAAAUGGUUAUCUGUCCAACACUCUAGAAAUCGAAUCUAGGUGUCACAGCUGUGUUCUUUAUUAGAAUAUUCAAAUGGUUUGCAUCAUCUGAAGCCAUCUGAUUUCUACAAGUCAGUUUGACUGGAAAGUAUGGUGCCAUAACAGCAGAGCAACGUAGUAUUUUAUUGGAUCGGGUAACCAUUGGAAAGUAUUUUUGGACUGUUCAUGGCAGACUGAAAGAUACUUUGCUGGAAUACAAGUCUGUUUUUCUCCACAGCUGAUUUCAUUACAUUUAUUAAAUUGGAAAGGUGUUUUUUUUUUUUUCUUCUUGGUUCUUUUUCAAAAAUAUCAGCAAGUUCAGACCCUAGAAUGAGGCCUUCAUCUGUUGUUAGACACAACUGACUUAAUCAUCUUGUAUAAAUGUUUUUUUUUUUUUUUUCCCCCCGAACAUCGUUUUCAUUUACUUUGCAAUAGACGGGGGAUUACUAAUCAAAGUAGUUCCUGAAACUAUUCCACCGCUAGACAUGUGUGUUUUUUUUUUUUUUUUGAAGGUUCAUUUUGGAACGAGGCAUUUGUUGAGUUUGUGUAUUUGAAGUACAAUAAACCUUUUUUUAUAUAUAUGUA